UAUGCUGGGCAAUGGAAACGAUGUCAUUUGGUCUGGUUUUGCUUGGUUGCGAAGCACUUAAGUUCCCAUUACAACCAAAAAGAAGUACAGGUUUGCACCACCACAUGACUUUCUUUUGGAAAGCAGCAUAUUAGAUAGCUAGAUUAAAUGGAAAUUUAUUGCAUGAUUGUAUCCUAUCAAUUUACACAAAACUUCAUUCUACAUUUAAUUGGGUUGCCUUAAAGGUACCAUAAGGCAUUCUUUCCUCUCUCUUUUUUUUCACAGAAACAUAUUGUGGCAAUUGUGUUUAAGAAGUGCUUGUAUGGACAUACUUGCUCUAUUGCUGGUAGACAUUUGAAGUUGCCUUGCCUUGCAAAGGUGUAAAAGUGUACAAUUCAAUCAGCAACGUUAACUGCAAAUGCAAUGGAUGACAGCAAUAAUGAAAAGGUGGUAGAUAUUAUUCGACUUAAUGUUAGAGGCUGCAUGUAUACUGCCCGGCGUGAAUCUUUAUGUCGUUUUAAGGAAUCAAUGCUAGCGUCUAUGUUCAGUGGACGGUUUCCUCUAAAAAUGGAUAAUACAGGGGCUUGCUUUAUUGAUCGAGAUGGCAAACUCUUUAAAUACCUCUUAGACUAUCUACAUGGAGAGGUUCGGCUUCCAGAAGAUAAGCAAACACAAACUGCAUUGCAGGAGGAGGCUGAUUACUUUGGCAUCCCUUAUCCUUAUAGCCUUGAUGACCACUUAGCCAAUGAAAUGGAGACAUAUUCUUUAAGAUUAAAUCUGGAACUAAAAAAGGUUCUCCUUGAUUUUUGUAACUCUUAUGGCUUAAUAUGCACUAAGCCUACUGUUUGGAUUCUGCACUACCUCAACACCUCUGGUCCAAGUUGUGAGAGUAAGAUCAUUGGCGUCUAUGCUGCAAAAGUAGAUGGAACUGCUUCAAUAGAAAAAGAACUAGGGGGAAGAAUUCAUAGUAAAAACAUUUACAAACGAGAGUCUGGAAAUAAUGUCCAAUAUAUCUGGAGCUACUAUUCCGUUACUGAAUUGAAAAUGAUGAUGGAUGUAUUUGAGGCUUGGGAAGGAAAAGGUGUCAGCUAUUGGCGAGUUCCGCGGGAACAGAUAGAGUGUUGGACUCUUGAAGAGCGCCCUUUGGAAGGAAGUCUACAAAACAUGUCUCCCAUUCGUAAGCGGCGAAUAAUAGAUUUUCCCAAAGAGGAAGAAAGUCAGCGGAGCAUUAAAAUAAAUCGAAAGCCAAUUCAGUUUUCUGGUCCCUCAACAAGUACCCAUAUCAAAGUUAAAAAUUCUGCUUCUUUAAAGAUAGCAGUAUCUCCUACUCUUUCAUGUUCCCAGGUCACUCAUAAAAGACCUAGCAAAGACAGUUUAUUACCAUGCAGUGAAUUACCAAGCACUAAAUCAACACGGUUGACUAAAAGCUCAUGUACAUUGGGUAGAAACGCUGAAAAUGGAGUGGUCCAUCAAAAAACCCUGGAUACGUCAUUGUCCAAGAAGCCAGCAGAGAAUCGUGUUGUGAAACUCAGGCGGACUCCACUGUGUAAUGAACGGUUGACCCAGGAGCACUCAUCACUUCUAAGCAAAAUGGAUGAGCAGCAAGUUCCAUCUGUUUCAUCAGUUCCAUCAUUGCAGAAUUUAGAUCAGGAUUUGGACACUUCCUCCUGAAAACAUAAUGUUAAAACUGUUUACAGAAUAACAAGUGAAACAUAAUUAUUAUCUGGUGCUGAUAUUAUUGGUCACGACCAAAAAGCUCCAUGCAUGACAGAUAAGUGUCCUGUUAUGACAAGAAGCUUUUAAUAUUUUUAAAUGACUAAUAUGUACAUAUCUUUUUAUCACAAGAGGUACAUGGAUGUUUAUAAAGUGUUUUGUAUUGCGCCCUUAUUGUGUUGCAUAGAUCCAAAAUGGAAUGUUAAUCCUUUCAGGAUAUGUUGUGAUUUUAAACACAUUCAGUCUAAAUAUUGAAGUUUGUGUCCAUUUGAUAUAAUUCCACAUUUUUUUUACUUCUUGUGUAAUUUAUGCUGAUUCUGUGCAGCAGUGUGGGCAACAAAGCCUGUCUUCUCAUGUUUUGCCUAACAUUGCCCUGCCCACACAUCUUCAAAGUUUGGUUGUAACUAAUAGGCUUUGGGAGGUUUUUUAAAAGUUAAAAUAUAUACAGUUAAACAUAUAUGAACAAAUUUCAGUGUUACUCCAUGUACUAUGAUUUUUAUUUGAAAUGGUACAUUGUGCUCAUUGACAAUAUACCUGAUGCAGUAAAAAAUGCCUGUCUUAAGAUUUGAUCCUUGCUAAAGUAGGAGAAUUACCUUUCACAAAUGACAGAAUACUGAAUUUAGGGAGUGUGAUGUGACUAAAUUUCUACUAAGGCUUACUAAGUAACUUGAUUACUGAUGUUUUGAGAGUCCCCUGAUUUGUAUAUGACAUUACUAAUGAAAGAGAUAAUAAUACAGUCAAAAUUACAGUAAACUUGCCCUCAGUGGUAAACACAAAACCUUUUGUUGCUGUGUUUUUAAUUAAAGGACAAGAACCGUAAAACAAA